AUGCAAGUACGGCCCAACAUCUUCUCCUCGGCUGCUGCAGCUGUCUCAAUGGCAUUUGCGGGCAGCCUGGUUAGCCUGCUAUCGCUCGCACCUGCCCCAGCACAGGCAGAUAUCCUCUGCACACAGUUUGGUGCAGACACCUUCCACAUUGGAUCAACACUCAAGUUCCAGUGGAACGACACGCAGUCAAUAUCACUCGAGACCUUCAACCUCAAUCUGUACUGUGAGCAAAACAACAAGAUGGUUCAGACCAUCACCACCCUCAACAUGACCUCGCCUUCACCCGUCACUUGGGUCGUCAACUCGACCCUGAGCGCCUUCUCGCAAGACUGCACAUUGAAUCAAUAUCGUGGUGCGUUCGACUGGAUCUACGACGAUCCUGACACCGGCGUGAGUAGUGUCGGCUCCGGAAAGUGCAAGGUCAUUUUGUUGGUCGGCACAGGCGCCGCAACCCCAUCACCAGGUUCUGCAUCCGCUGACGAUCCCCUGCCUGCGGACGACCCACAGCCCUCGGACAUCGUCGUAUCUGACAGGACCAAAUCCAUCGUGAUCGGUGUCGGUUGUGCUGUCGGUGCCCUCGUGCUCGCCGGCUUCGUUGGAUUCUAUGUUAUCCGCUACAGCAAUAAACGCGCUGCUGAGGAUCAGUCGGCCAAAAAGCUGCGGGAACCCAUCAGCACCGGCCCGUUGUUCCCGCCCAUGGAUCGCUCCCAUCAAGGCGGCGCUGCUGGUGCGACUGCUGGUGGAAAGGCAGCACGAUACAAUGAGCUGGCAUCUGUGACUACCGGUAGCCCAGCUACGACGUCGAGGACGGCGGAGAUGGUGGAGUUGGGUGGAGUAACGCGUCCUGGGUCGACACAGUUCUUGAGCCCGGCCUUGGGAUCAAGAUCACCUACGCCUAUUGCAGCCGCGCACGCAAAGCUCGGUAGCAGUAUUAGAUCGCCUUCAUCAUCGUCAGGAACGUUUCAGAACGAUCGUCCAGGAUCGCUGCUGACAAGCACGUUUGUUCCUUCUGAUGACUCCUACACGCGGUCGCCUUCUUCUCACAAGAACCCGUUCGAGAAGCGCGAGAACCUACAGCUGCAGUACGAGCAGGAAAUGCAGCAACAACAACAUCAGCUGCAACAUCAACAGCAACAGCAACAACAGCAGCAGAACUACGGUAGUUACCCCUAUUAG